AUGUCGGAUCCUGAAGAAAUCGCGAAAGAGGAGGCAAUCCUCGAGGAAAUUUCCGAUAGCCAUAUUUAUGUCCCAGAUCAGAUGUUCAAGGUCGCUCAUCGAUACUUCACCCGAUACAGAAGAGUCGGAUUGAUGACCGACCUUGACAAAGCUAUCAGCAUGGCAACUAAGGCUAUUGACCUCACGCCUGAGAUGCCGUUGAGUGACUUGUCCAAAAAGACUGGACUGUCAAGCCACUUACAAGAAGCCAUCCGUUAUGGGCGAGAAGCCCUGGACACCACUGGAGAAAACCAUCCGGAGCGUGCGAACAGGCUGGCCAAUCUAGGUGGUCGAUACGGUGAUCUGUUCUGGGGGACGAAAGAAAAAGAACAUCUUGAUGCUGCCAUUGUACACUUAGAGUCUGCCUUGAAUAGCCCUAACGCUUACGACGAUACUCGCAUCCGUGCAGGAAAACAGCUCGUCCAGUACUACGCGGCUGUACCUGACUGUGAUAAGGCUUAUAAUGCUGUCAAGACUGCGAUGGAUCUUGUUCCCAAUCUUAUUGCACAGACUACUAGCAAUGCUGAUAAGCAAGAUGCACUGGUCCAAGUUUAUGGCUUAUCAUCCGAUGCAGCGGCUGUGGCACUCUCGGCAAACAAAGGAGCUCUUUCUGCAUUGCGGUUUCUUGAACAGGGACGUGGAAUGAUGGCAGCUUCCGUUGAAGAAUCACGGAUGGAAAGCCUUGAUCUGCGGGCUGAGCAUCCCGAACUUGCGGAACGCCUAAACCGAUUGCAAGGUCAAAUCAAUUCAUUUGGGGCUAUCGGUUCUUCCAGUGAUGAGAUCCAUGGGCCUUUGUUAUCAGACGGACAUGCCAAUGUGAGCCAUGACCCGGACGAGCUUCGCGGACUACUUGACGAGAUCCGCCAAAAGCCCGGAUUUAAAGACUUUCUCUCUGCGCCAAGCGAAUCAAGCAUCAAAGAUGCUGCCAUUCCGGGAGCAAUUGUUGUCAUCAACGUCAGCGAAUUCCGCCGUGACGCUAUCCUCGUGGAGCACAACAAGAUCCACAGCAUGCCGUUGCCUCAGCUUAUGACUCAGGAUAUAAGGUCCAAUACCCAACAAGCUCAUACUUCAAGUCCAAAGAUACUCGAGUGGUUGUGGCAUACUAUUGCUGAACCCGUCCUUGGUGCAAUAGCCAUCAAUGGGGUUUCUUCUGAAGAACGCCUGCCACGGAUUUGGUGGAUCCCAACGGGCCUAUUGAGCAUAGACCCUCUCCAUGCAGCUGACCAACAUUACAAAGGGUCACGGAAUACUGUGAUCGACAGAGCCAUGUCAUCGUAUAGCUCAUCUAUCAGAGCCAUUAUCCGGACUCGGGGUCGUGCAGGUCUGAACCCGGUUCCCUUGGGCAACGAGCGGGCCGUCCUUGUAUCUAUGGAGCGAACACCAGGGUACAGUACAGUCCUUUCGGCUGGCAAAGAGAUAGCUCAGUUACGUCCCAUCUGCUAG